AUGUCGCAGCAACUGACGACAGUGCUUACAACGACUCUCACACUCAUUAAUCAGUUCCAAGAAACCCUUUCGCCUCCUUCAUUGGCACAGUCGACCCAGCCGCCUUCCAAAGAUGGAAAAGCCCUGCCCCUCCUUACAGCUUCUUCGAGCGCCUUGAAGGCCCAAGUUACCAAACUGUCCCUUCUCGCUAUCAGCACUCCGUUUACCCAUUCCGCUAUCGUCAAUGUGCUGCGUGCCUGCAAUGACUCCGUGCUCCCCUCGCUGUUGACGGCGACCCUUCUCGUGAACCCCGCCGAAUACACGACCGCAUUUCACACUGAGGUUUUGGUGCUGAGCAAAGGAAUUUUAACCGAAUUUGCUACCUUGGUCAAAUGCGUCAAGGCGAUCUCCGAAAACAAAGAUCAGACCAAGAAACAGAACCCCGGUAAAAAGGAGGCUGAGCUACCGAAAACUGAAAAGGAUUCUAUCACAAGUGCAACCGGUCGUGUAUGGGAUGCAUGCGAUGCCCUUACUCACAUUGCGACCAAUGGAGUUGUGGGAUUCAUCACUCAUCGUGUCGAGCAGUGGAGGGAUUUGGUACAAGACGCUGUGGACGAACUUGAAAACUGGGACCCGGAGGAGGACGACGACGACUUCUUUGAUGAUAUCCUAGGGGAUGAUGCGGGCGAAAAGAGUGACGGCGCGGAAUCGGAUAAAGAUUCCGACAAAGACACUGAGGCUCUAGCAGAACACAAAAAAUCAUCUCUUCGAUUCCUGAAGCCCAUCCUCCAGGUCUACCCCGCUAUUAUCAAGAAUCGAUUUAAGACUAUCCAGGAUGAGGCCUUCACUGCCUCGGGUGAUGUCGCCCGUUUGGAAAAGCUGCUUUUGCACUUGAAAAGCAUUCCUGAUCAGGUAGAUGAGGCUGCCGGGGCAUUAUAUGAAGACGACAUUGACUUAUCUGUGAAAUUCUUAUUGAAGACUCAAAAGAAAGCUUCUCAGGCGGUCGAGUCAGCCAAACUCCCUCUAGACUCCAACGAUGCCAAGUCAGAUGGAACGACGGGAGAUAAGUUCUCCGUGUGGUCAAGCACUUGGUCCAAGGUCAUGGAUGAAGUCGCCAAGUCAAUUCGUCCCGGCUCUACAGAGUCAGAACAAUAG